GAUAUUUGUGCAAGUGUUGCGAUGAAUAUUGGACCACUCAACACACCAAAUUCAUCUUUCCUUUAUAUUGGCUCCAAGGCUUCUCUCAGGAUAACUCUCAAUCCUUCAAGAGGCUAUUACGAAAACCUAGUAAUUUUCGUGAAAACCCCUGGCGAAAAUAUUGACGUUGCAUUGUCUGAUUUUCGUCAUGUAGGCAAUAUGGAGUACGAAGUUCGUUAUGCUUUCUUGCCUCGAUAUGAUAGUACAGCAUUCCAAAGGCAAAAAGGGUGUGGUUAUAAGCUGAUCAGAACAUUUGUGUACUAUUCCAAUUAUUCUGAAAAUCAGCUUAUUUGUGAUUUUUUUGUAUAUCUGCAUAACGCAAAAUCCUUAGAAGACAAACAGAAUGUAAGCACGAAUGCCGAGAUUUCGUACACACAGAAUGGCAUUGAGAAAACAUGCCCCACUCAUUUCGUCAACUGGACUGUAAGAACAUCAUUCCUGGUGCAAUGGUUAAGGACCAUUUGAAUAAAACGUAUUGAAGACUUCAAAUAGUGGAAUGAUGUCGACCUGACAACUCUUGAAUGGACUUGCCAAAGGAUAUAUAUAAGGCAAAGCUUUGGAAAAGUUGGGCAUUCAGAAGCUAGUUAAAGAAGUUUUAACCAGAUACCAGUGCA